AUAUAGCCUUUGUGAGUAGAAGAAGAAACAAGCGAAUGAUCAAGGCUGGCGAUAUGAACUUUGACAGCGUGAAUCACAUAAACGUCCGGCUGAACAAGGUUUCCGGCAACUUGCUACCGAUGACCAACGACAGUGGAUUUUCGGUAUUUUGGCAAGCGUACGGCGUGGUUGUGUGGCUGUUUCAGCUGGCGCGCGCGAUUGGCUUGAUCUUCGGAUUCAUGACAGUGUCAAUAGAGAAGAUCUUUCUCGACACCAUGGUCUCCAUCGUGUACACCACGGAGGUGAUCUCCUUGAACGUGCAGAUUCAGCGGCACAAGAUGUUGUUGCGGCAAUUCAUCCUCCAGCUGAACAACAUCCUCGACGUCGGGGACGAGGUGAUGAGGGACGUCGUGAUGACGACCAUGAAACCGGUCAUGAUCCCAUUGAACUUCUAUUGGCUGACUGGACUGGUGGCCGUGUCCGGAUGGUGCCUCACGCCGUUACGCUUGCUGUCCAAGAAAAGUUCCGUCUACUACGAGGAUUACCGGAUGCCGGUUGCUUUCAUCAAGCAGCCUUUCUCGGCCACGGUCUUCGUGUUAGAUACCCUGGUCAUAUCGAUCAGCAGCGUAGGCAUGUACCUGAAGAAGGUCGGCGUGGACAUCUACAUGGUGAACGUGGUGUUGUUGAUGACGGCGCAGUAUCUGUACAUCACAACUAAACUCGCGCUGAUAUUUCGCAAAGGCGCUUCGUGGGACGAAGGAAACAACACUAUCGCGGGAAACUAUUCUUCCGAGGUGAAUGUGUCGGUAGAGAAGCAGUUGAAGAUGUUGUGUCGGUACAACACUGUGAUCCAGUAAGUAGCCAGUUAAAGCUUGCCCUUCAAAGGCCCUUCGAAGGAAUUAUCUCACGCUCGUCGUGCCUGCAGACUACAUUUCAAGGUGUCGGAAAUGCAUACUCACAUACGUACGCUUCCUUUCAGUCAGUCAUUCCUGCUAAAGAAGCUGCUGUCCUUGAACUUAAACAUAACUUACAUCAUUAGCAUAUUCCGCUUCUGCUUUGGCGCUAUACAGCUGAGUUCGGUGAGUAAUCUCGAUCGUAAUCGAAUAAGUAUUAAAUGUAUGCAGAAGUUUUAG